AUGGACUCAUCGAGUAGAGGACGACGUCGCAAUAGUGCGUCUCCUGACGGCAGCUCAAGCUUUAUAACACCUACAAAAGAUGAAAAUGGAUCCUUGGAUGCUAUGUCUUCUGAUACUGAAAUUGUUACAGCUCAGUCAAGUGUAGAAGAAACGAUAGAGCUACAGCAACAACAACAGACAGGUUCUUUUACGAGUCUCUUGGGCAAACGUGGGGCUGGAACGGAGCUACAUGAGGAGGAAAAUGGAGAUGAAGAGACCGAAGAAGAUUCGUCACGUUUUAUUUCUAUCGCGGAUGAUCACGAACAGGAACAGGCACUUGUGCAGUGCAUUGGCAUGGAGCAAUGCUUUGACUCGUGGAACGAUUUUCAUCGCGCUAUGGAUGAUUAUUGUGAGGCAACACAUCAGCCAAUGAGACUUCGAACCUCUGAUUCUGCUAGAGCUGUGAAUUGUCGGGCUGCGAAGCGAAAUAGUUUGAAGGAACCCAUUGACGAAAGUGUUGGGUUUGUCAAGAAACUUUACUUAUGCACACAUGGUGUGAAGACAAAACCUCGUGGUAAAGGAAAACGACCACGACAGCAUUAUCGAUAUAUGGGAUGUCCUGCUAUGAUUCGAGCUUGUAUCUCAGAACGCAAGCCAAAUGAUCCUGACGGAAAUGAUAAGAGCAAGUAUGUCGUCCGUGUUGUGGCUCAAAUUAAUCGGCAUAAUCAUCGUCUGAGCGAACACUUGUUUAAGUCAUACUCGGAGAGUCGUGUUGUAAUUGAUGAUGAGCUGGUUGUGACACACUCACAGAGUCGGCAGAAAGAAGAGCACGCUGCAGUUACUCCAGUUUCUGCGGCAGUUGCAUCCGUAGAACAGCAAAUUACUGUUCAACCAGACGUGGGAGACUCUUCCAUGAAAAUGAAUUCUUUGUUCCAGACUCAAUCACUCGAUCUCAUGCCUGCUUCGCGCAUCAAAAAUCGCGUGGGCUGGAUUGGAACAGGUAUAAUGGGUGCUAGCAUGUGUGGGCAUUUGAUGAACCAUGGUUAUGAUGUCACUGUGUACAAUCGAACCCUUUCGAAGUGUAGUGAGCUACGAGAAAAGGGUGCAAGAGUAGCUGGGUCACCUGCCGAAGUAGCCCAAAACUCCGAUAUUGUAUUCGUCAUGGUGGGGUAUCCGAGCGACGUCAAAUCGGUAGUGCUUGACCCGGAAUCGGGUGCACUUUCUCGAAUGAAGGCGGGUGGUAUUAUCGUGGACAUGACCACUAGUGAACCUGCUUUGGCGAAAAUGAUAUACAAUGCGGCCAAGCUGAGGGGUGUUUCAACUCUUGAUGCACCUGUAUCAGGAGGUGAUGUUGGUGCUCGUGACGGAACGCUUUCUAUAAUGGUGGGUGGUGACAUGGAUUCUGUCUACGUCACGAUGCCGUUCCUCAGCGUUAUGGGCAAGACCAUUCGUUACAUGGGACCUGCUGGAGCGGGUCAGCAUACAAAAAUGAUGAACCAGAUAUUGAUUGCUACCAACAUGAUCGGAGUAGUUGAAAGCCUUCUGUAUGCACAGAAGAGUGGUUUAGACUUGAAUGAAGCCAUUCAAGCCGUCAGCGCAGGCGCAGCUGGUUCGUGGUCCGUCAGUAACAUGGGUCCGCGCAUUAUCAAGCGAGACUUCGAUCCAGGUUUCUUCGUGGAUCAUUUUCUGAAGGACAUGGGUAUCGCUCUCAAAGAAGCAGAGAAGAUGAACUUAUCGCUCCCUGGACUUUCGUUAGCACAUCAACUGUACGUUGCAGUAAAGGCGCAAGGACAUGGACGCUUAGGUACCCAGGCGUUAAUGCUUGCAUUGGAACAAUUGAAUGGUAUUUAUUCAGAGAAAGCAAAUAACGUGGAAGUCGUCAAGGAUCGUGACGACUUGGUCCUCUUUUUUUCCAGAGAUACGUCGGUGCUGCUAUUUGAACAUACAAGUGCCCUUUUUCCAUUCUUUGAAUCUCAUCAUGUCGUGGAAAAUCUUCAAGCGACAUAA